AUGGAGAGUAUGAAUCCUCGUUCGCUUGCCACCAUUAAAAUUAAAUUAUUGAUCAGAACUUGGAAAUCCAUUCAUGAAUUACGAAAAAAACAAGAAAAGGAAAAAAGAUUUUUCACAUCAUGUCCCAUGAUUGAGAGGACAACUAAUUCAACAGAACCAAAUACCUUGUUACAAAAACAAACUGUACAAACAUUUAAAAAGAAAUUUAAAAACACAAUUUUAAAUGAAUUAGAAAAGAAUGAACAAGUUCGAAGAAAACAAACGAUGGUGGAUAAACUACGAAAAAUUGAUUAUUAUGAUCGAAAGAAUCAACAAUCCAAGUGGUCAACUCUGUAUUCUGACCAUACAUCUGAUUCUGGAAUGGAACAGAGAUUUUUUGAUCUGGAGAAUGUUGAAAAGGAAAUUCAAGAGCUUGUGCACACAUACAAUGAUUUGUACCACAAGUCACAAAAAGCUCACAAGAAGUUAGAAUGGAGUGAGCCACUCUUUGAAUCUGCAAGCAGCAAUUCUCAAGUUUUUUCUGCUCCAUUUGAUUUGUCAUCCUCUCAACAAAAAGCUUCGUCGACAAGCAAGUCUGCACCACCCUUGAUGACAUGUUUGGAAGGCGGUACACAAUAUUUCAUUUCACACAUGAACGUAGAUUCUUCAAAUUUAUUCGAAGAUGAAAAUGAAAAGAUUGACCAUGUCAUUCUUAAUAGUUGCCUUCAUGACAUGGAAAUGUUGAAAAAAUUGCGUCAAAUUAAUCCUGACAUUUCUACACCUGAUGAUAGCUACUCUGAGGAUCGUGAACACGUGGUAGGAUCAGUGUUUAUUCGAAUGCCUGUUCAAGUGAGUGGUGAAGAGCAGAAUUUGGAAGAUAAGACCUCUUACAAGUUAAGGCCCAUUCGCUUCCGGAGUAAGCUACAACAGUUACGAGAAACCAUAUUGAGUCAUGAAUGA